AGAAAGACUUAAUAGAGAACACUUUGUUAUUCCCCAAAUUCCACCUGAUAGUAUCAUGGCUAUCUGAUAACGUACCUUGAAGUAAAGCUAGCAAUCUUUGGAACUCAGUCACCUCCCAAUUGUGAAAAUCCCUUCUGAAUUUCAAAUCCCAAAAAACGUUUUCACCUUGUACCCCCGAAUUUGUUGGACCGUCAGCCUCUUUUAACAUGAAACCCUUUAAAUGCUCGGGACUUCCGCUUUCAACAUGUUAUCCCCACACCAUUUAUGCCCCCAAACACUAACACUCCCCCCAUCACCUAUCCCGAGUGCCACUAAAUUCGACACAGACCUUCAUAAUAUUCCUUCAUAACCCACACCCAUAAGGCAUAUUGACAUCUUUAGUUCUCUUUAAGAACUUUUAGUGGCUUCAUGAACAAUGCCAGAUAAUCAAUUUCACUUACUUCUGCUCAUUGAUCCAUUUAUUGCUGCUAUAAACAACAUAAGGGUAGUCAGUUUCACCUUGUUGUGUCUUUUUUCUCUAUGUAUUGACUGAUUUUUUGGGACGUUUCAAUUGUUUUUUCAACUCUUUCUUAUUUGUCUGCUUACGUGCUGAGGCCAUUAUGAAUUAUUUUAUCUUCACUUCCCUUAGCAUUUCCAGAGUUGCAUGCUUGACAUACUCCAUAUUCUUUUACUUGACAUGCUCCAUAUGUUCUUCGAACUCUUCAUCACACUAAUAUUUUACUGAUGAAUUUUUAUUUCUUUUUCAAUGUAGAGGGAGAUGGAGCAGAGUCUUAACCUUGAUGUUAAUAUCAAAGAGAUUCCUAAACCAGUGGAUUGGGAAAAGCACAUACUUCAGGGCUCAGAAGAUUGGAGACGGCAGAAGGUGGUAUCUGAAUUGUUUGAAGAGCGUCAAAUAUGGGUCAAAGAGUCAUUAGCUGAGCGCUUGCGUGAUGGGGGUCUGAAGCUUGGAGAGAGCAGGAUCAAAAGGCUUCUCUUUAGAGUAGCAUAUUACUUUUCGAGUGGGCCUUUCCGUAGAUUCUGGAUAAGGAAAGGUUAUGAUCCUCGGAAGGAUCCUGAAUCCCGCAUAUACCAGAAUAUUGAUUUCCGAGUGCUCCCUGAAUUACGAAGCUACUGUGAGAGUCAUGCGUCUUCUGGGCAAUGAUCAGGAUGGUAUUACUAAGUUGAAGC